UCAGCAUUUGCGAACGAAAGAAGAUAAAGCAGCAAAUACCAUGAGAAAUGGAAGACAACAAAGAAACCUUGAAAUCAUCGCUAGAAAUUCUCAUCUUAUCAUAUCUUCACAUCGUUCUUAUCAAAGCCAUAAGAGAAAUAAAUAAGCCAUUACUGCUAAAAGGGAAACAGCACAAGCAUCUAUCUGACACAAGUUGGAAAAGAUAUAUGGAAAUGGAAAAUGAUUCCGUACAGAAAUCCCUUGUAUGGCUUCAUGCUGUUCUUCAAUCUAAAAUAGGCCAUGGAUUAGAAGCCACAGUCCUCCAAGGACUGCAAAUCACUCAUGCCGAAAAGGGUUUAAUGCGAUUCGAUUUCGUCGUUCCAAAUGCUGUCUCGGAUGUUGAUGGAAAUUGGCAUGUUGGAGCUUUAGCAACUAUGCUCGACCUCAUCGGACCCGUUACUACUUUCUCUUUUGCCAAUCGUGUUAUUAGUACGGUUGACUUCAACGUUUCAUAUUAUUCAACAGCUAAGAUUCAAGAACAUGUGGAGGUAGAAUCAAAGGUAAUUGCAAAUAGAGGAAACCUCAUACAUGUGGUGGUUGAAGUUAGAAGGAAAGGAAAUGGAGAGGUAAUUGCUGUAGGAAAAUUGUGGAUGGCUUCAGAUAAACGCACUGUUGCUGAAGUGAGUAAUGCUCGACAACUUUGACAUGAAAUUAUAAUUAACUCAAAAUUAUGUAUAAGUUUUCAUUUUCGUAAUUGGAUUGAAAGUAAAUUUGGAGUUUGAAGCUAUCUAUUAAGAUGAAAGUUUUCUUAUAGAAAGCAUGCUCAAGUUUUCUUAACCUAUGGCUAUGUUAUUUGGAUUUGAAAGUGAAUGUAAAAUACAACUAUGAUAUUUUUAAUGUUUAGCUUUUAUGAGAUUAAAGAUGAAAGUUUUCUUA